AACGAACCUCGCUGUGAAUGGAUAAAAGUUACAAUGAGAUACCUAUGACAUUUGAAACCAUUUCUAAUAAAGUGAAUACCCCAGAAGGUGAUCCAGUUCCCCUUUAAAUCACCUGCAAUCAUAUGAAGACAGGAAUAGAAAGCGGACAAUAAUUGUAUAUUGGAUGUUUACCUAUUGACCUUCAGCUAUUUCAAUAAAAACCGCAAUAUUCACAAAUUCGGCAUAUUAUCGUGUUUUUUCAAUUUUAUGUUUAAGCACAAUUGUUAAAAUGUCUAAGAAUGCGAAGAAAAUCGUCGGUGAGAAACUUCAAUUUGAAGAUGUCGUAAAAUUUACUGGGUCCUCUAUCUGUAAAAGUCAUGGAGAUAAACUAAAAGAAACUGCAGCAACACUCAUAUUGACAAAAGUUGACUCAAAACUCGAACUAUCAAGCCACCUGAAGUGUUAUGAAACCCACAUCUCAUUUUAUCCCCAAAUAUUGGUCACUGGUAUUAGACUGGAGGGUCGAAUUUUGCUUCAAGAGAUACUUGGAUUUUUUGUUUCUCCUAAGCAUCCCAAAUCUUUGGUAAUUCUUUUUCAGCGAUCGCCGUUGGAAGACGUAACAUUAUACGGUAUGGUUUUGAGCUCUUCUUCUAAGGCUCAAAAGUUGGCUAGAUUUCUUACAGAACCAAAUCCUCAGUUGAACGUGAAAGGAGAACCAUCAGGUCCAAAAGUAAAAUCUGUUACAAUAGGUCCGAAUAUACGCAAAUCGCCUGAAAGUUUCUACAAAGAAUCCAAUGGUGUACUAAAAACCCAUGAAGUUUUAAAUACUCUUCCGCCAACAGGUAACAAAUUUCGUUCAGAAGUUACAUGGAAUAAAAUGCCGGGAAAACAAAAAGAAAAAUUUCCUCCGGGUAGUACAACUGUUCAUUUUAAUGGUCGUUUACCACGCGAAGACAAUCAGCUCAAGUUUGGUAGGCAAAGAAUCCCUCAGGUGAAAAGUACUCAUUUAAUGAACAGUCACGAGGGGAUGAAUAAUAAUCAUCCACACAAUGUUUCAAAUAUAUCCAAGUUAAGUAGUUUUUAUCCUGAAAGUGCAAAAGGUCAUGUUUCCUUUCGGCAGUCUACUGCUGCUUAUAACGACAAGAUAUUAAAUUAUAGUAAUGGCCCGAUAAUUAAUUCCGAAAGAGCAUCUGAGGAAAGCGGAUUCGAUACUCCAUUCCCUUAUGAUCCGAAUGAAAAUAUUGAAGAAUUUUCUAUUGGAUAUUAUAAUACUGAAGAUGGUUUUGGUAUAGACGAUCGUGAUAUACCUCACACAAAAAAUGAAAAAGAAAUAGACACAAACGAUUCUCAGGAAAACCCUUGGGUUGAAAACAUAACUUAUAUAAGCAACAAUAAGAAUGGUAAAGCAACAGUUACUUCAAAUGGGUCUGUAUAUUUAUAUGUUGCACAGCAAGUCAAUCCAAGAUUCGAAACGAUAAAUUAAGAAGGGUGAAAUGUGUUUACGCAGUAAUGUAUCCAUUUUUUUUAAUAAUCAAAAGGAAACAAAUCAGAUGUCGUCAUGUGAUUAUUUUCAGUAUCGUUAACAUAAAAUUUAAACAUUGUACAUAAAACUAAAAAUGUAAAGGUUUAGAAUAAUAUUUAAACCAAUUAUUGAUUAUUUUAUAAAUAUAUUUGUUUGUACAAGAAUGUGUUUUCCUAUUAGGAUGGUCCUAAUCGUUUCUCUGUAUAUGCUUACGAAAUAAAAGUUAGGGUUGAGACGCCUUAUUUAUCACUGAUCAGGAUAUAUUAGUUUGUUAAAGUAAUAUGUAAUUAAUAAAGUUUGAGUUUAUGUUCAAGUGAAUAAACG